GAAUAUGACAUUAGAGGAACUUGAAGAGAAAAAGCAAAAAUUAAGUAAACUGAACACCAGGAAUGUAAAUAAAAAACUGAAGCGUAGAGAAGAAAAAAUUGAAAAACAGUCUCAAAAACUUAAAGACCAACAAAAUGAGAUCAGUCAGCUAUUGUGUGAGAAAGUAGAGCAUGAAAGUGAAGUUGAACGAAUGAAGCGUGAGAAGAGAAAUCUUUUAGUUAAAAUAAGUCGUAAUAAUAAAAAAGAAAGAGCAGUUGAUCAAAAUUCCAAUCAAAUUGCUAGCUUGAAAGAUGAAAUCAGACAGAAAGAGUUAAAAAUCAUAGAAUUAGAACAGAUAAAUGAGGCAAUUGAUGACCCAGUCAUUCAAACUUUUUAUGAUGGUAAAUACGCUAAUGAAAUUAGGGAAACCAUUAUGACUCUCAUUUCAGAAUGCGGUGUUAGCCAGUCAAAGGUAAAUCGGGUCAUGGAAAUCGUUGUCCAGAAUCUCACAGGUAAGACUUUAGACAGGCUUCCUAGUACUGGGGUCAAGAGCAGGUUAGUUUCCGAAGGAAAGAGAGUCGCACAGAAACAGGUUGCCUUAGCUAUGCUAAAAGAUAUGUCUGAACUUUCCAUUUCAGGGAAUUGUUUGCAUCAAGAUGGAACUACCAAAUCGCACCGUCAUUUUCAAUCUUUUCAGGUCACGACAACUGAUAAAAGAACUUAUAGCCUUGGUCUUAGUGAGGUGAGUGCUGGAGACACAGACACUUUGAUGGAAGCCUUCAAGCAACAAAUUGAUGACCUUGCAAAGGCAGUCAGUAAUGGUAAUGGAGCAGACUCAGAGACUGUGGCUAAACUAGUUUGUUCCAUUACUAGUACUAUGUCUGACCAAGGGGCUGUAAAUCCAGCAUUUAAUAGGCAAUUAACAGAACUUAAACAAAAUUUUCUUCCAGAAGUUUUCACUGCUUGGGACACAUUGGAUGAAAAAGUAAGAGAAGAAGUCAGCAAAAUAUCAUCAUACUUUUGCAAAAUGCAUAUCUUUGUUAAUAUGGCUUCUGAGGUUGACAAAUGUUUGUCUUUAUUUGAAUCCAACAUCAGCAGUGGUAGAAACCCUUAUGCCUUCGAGUGGAAAGAAAGUGGUGCUACAAGACUGGCUAGGACGGCAAGCAAAGCACUGACCAUGCAGGGGUGCGAGAAAUCCGGCAUAGGUUCACAUUUCAGUACUUAUUUACAAUCUAUUGACAAAAGUAACAAAAUGAUUUCUUUCAGAGGACACAGGUUUAAUCAUCUUUUCUAUGCUGCAGGUGCAACUUAUCAUCACGCAGAAGAUAUCCAAAAAUUUUUGAAUGCUUGGUCUGAUCCUAACGAACUAUUAAAAAGUGUUUCAUUUGACAUCAGGGAAAAAGCAACUCUUUGUGGCAUCAGAGCGCUAGGUAUUGUCAACAAGCUGAUUACAGGUCCUCUAUGGCGCAUCAUUGAAAACAGCGAAAAUAUACUAGCACUGAAUCCCCAUUUAAGUCAUUUGCAGGUACAGCUUGAUCUCCUUGCUAAAGAUGCAUCGCCGCUGAUGAAUGGGCAGCCUGUGUUUGCAGGUACGGAACUGCACGAAGAUGAAAUAUAUAGAUCUCUCUUUUCAGCUACAGGUGAUCCAGUAAAUGAAACGUAUACUCAGAUGGCCCUCGAGUUGAUUUGUGGAGGGAUGAUGCUGAUAUUAGAAAGACAAGCUAAGGACCAGCUCCCUGGGGGUAAAUUUUUUCUUCCAGGUGAACAAGAAGCUACACGGUCACAGAACGUCCCCACCACGAACACUUGCUCAGAGCGUGACUUCGGUCAGCUUGAUGCCUUGAUGCGACUGAAGCCGUCUGCAAGUACCACUGCAUAUGAGUCUUGUAUAAUGUGGUCAAAUAAUAAGACCAGUUCAUGGUUAAAUUCUUUACCUGCAGAUGAAAAGGAAGUAAUUAUAAAUGAUGCCAGGAGCAAUGCACCAUCAGCUAUGCUUUCUUUCAGGGAAAGACAAAAGAAACUAUUUGAACAUAAACUUGAAAUUCUUAGGAAAAGGCAGCAACAGAAAACAGCAAAAGAAGAAAAACAAUAUUCACAGAAAGUUAAACUAACAAAAAAACUUGAUUCUCUAGGUGGUCUUUGGUUGACAGAAGAAGAUUUAUUUCAGUACAAAAGCAAAGCCCAACAUAAUGAAUAUAAAGAUGCUCUCAUUUCACAGCUUCAAUUUAGGAAGAAUGUCAUCCACAGCAAGGGUCCAAAAGAAAAGUUUCAGCAGGUAUGCAAAGGUAGAUCUUUUUCAGUUGAUGACCUAGAGAGAAAUCUCAUUGACAUUAUUCGACUGAAUGCCGAUGAAGAAACAGAUGUCGAAAUACUACCAGCACUGCAAUAUAUAAACAUUGACACUGCAAAAAGUAAGUUGAACGAGUCAAAAAAUGCAUUAGCCCUAAAGAUAAGAGAUGGCCGAAACAAAAUUCGUGUGCAGCAGCAGGCAGUUCUCCUCCCACAGGUAAGUACAAAUCCAAAUUUACUUGUUGGUAAAACUUUCAAGCACAAAUGUCGUGAUCCUGAAACAAAUGAAGUCUCCUGGUAUUCAGGUAUGGUCAUAAAAAUGUUAUUAGAAAAGGGCAGAAAAACAGAAUAUAUUGUAAAGUACGAUGACGACGAUGAUGCUGAUGAAUGGAGAAUGCCACUGAUUAUUGACAUGGAGAAAGGUGAUCUGAUACUGUCAUAAUUGAGUCAAAGUAUUUUGUUUGUAUCCAGGUAUGGUUACAAACAUAUUAUUUUAAAAAUAUAUAUAAUGCUCAAAGGAUUUCUUGACUUAAAUAUUGUGUCAAUAGAUGACAGUUUCAAAAGGGGAGGACACUGGAGACAUUGUUAUUUAUUUAAUCAUGAUGAUGAUGAAAGAAGUUUU